AUGGCGGCAUUAUUGAAUAGGCGAAUGAUGUGGAAAAUUUUUAUUAACCGGAACAUCACGGACACGAACGUUGGACAAUCAUAUGUCUUGGACACAUGGCGGAUGCGGGACGUUGGACAAUGUCCCAAAAUGUCCACGUCCGCCCGGACAUCGAAAAUAUAUAACACUGCGAUGCAUGUGGGAGGAGUAUUAGAUGAUGACACUAGUAUUUCAACUGAUUUUUUUACACUUGAAAUAUCAGAUAUGAAUUCUUUAAAUUUUGCGCAGCAAAACAUCAAUAAUUCUCCCAAGGUAGCUUUUGUAACUUCAGUGAUAAAUGAUAAUGAUUCUACAAUUCGCGUAUUUGGAAGCCCUGAUAACAAAAUGUUGUAUGAAGGCUCUCUUUUUAAUAUAACGAGUAAAUCAUCAUUUUGGAAAGGUCCAUCAACAUUCAAUAAUCCACAAGCAAGAAUUAUGAAUGCUAUAGCCGAUUCAUUUGGGAAUAUUUUCAUUUUUGGUAGAUUUACUCAAAUAACAAUUCCUCCUUCCCAAACGACAAUUCCUCCUUCACAACAAACAUCACACCUUCAGAAACGUAUGGAUUCAUCCACUCAGCAACAGUUCCCUCAAACUCAUGUAAUGCUCAUUUAUAAUUUAAGUACGGACGAUUGGAGCUCCAUUGACGAUGACCAAUCUGAAUUACCAGCUUCUGAUUUUACUGCUACAUACAUACAAGACUCCAAUUCCAUAAUAUACAUAGGCGGUAAAUUUAUAAAUGGAACAAUAAUAACAAUGAAUCAGAUCUGGACAUACAAUAUUUCGGAUAAGAGCUUGACACCAAAAUUGGCUACUGAUACAAAUAACAUAGUCGGUCGAUAUGGACAUUCAGCAUGCUUAGUGCAAAAUAAAAUCAUCAUUUACGGCGGAAAAUCAGAUGAACCUCUUGAUCCUAGCAAUGCUUUAGUAAUUCUGGAGAUAAAUGGUGACAAUUACAUUCUGACGAUUGCACCACAAGCUAAUGUACUUACCGCUAUUCCUUACUACCAUACGGCAACAAUUAUCGACGAUACUUAUAUGGUCGUAGCAUUCGGGAAAGAUGGCAAAAGUGAUAAAUUAACAUCGAAUACAAAUUUUAUUUCGAUCCUUAAGAUAGUCGGAGAUGAAUAUACAUGGAAAAUAUAUUCCCCAAAAAAAGGAGCAAAUAUUGGCGUUAUAGUAGGUGGUGUCGUAGGAGGAAUUUUAGGGGUUUUUAUUUUAGGCUUCUUCAGCAAUAAGUCCUCUAAUGGAAAAUAUUUGAAGGAUAAUAGCGGUGUCAAUGAGCCAUGCGAACAAUAA